AUGGCGCGUAAUCUCCGCCCUGCAACCGCUCCCUACAGCGAGCCCCUUCUCCCCCAGCUCGACGUCCGCAAUCCCUACUACACCGAUCUGCAUCAUAACCUGCGCGCCUGGGUCCGUGACUACGUCGAAACUUCUAUCGCGCCGUACGCUCAGGAAUGGGAAGCUGCCGGGCAAGUCCCCGAGGAGGUUCGACGACGUCAUUGCGAGCUCGGCUUCGGCAUCGUACACCCCCUCACGACGGAGGAGCACUCGGCAGGUCUCGCACUGCCAGGCAAUGUACCCCGUGAUAAGUGGGAUACCUGGUGCACACUUAUUGUUGGGGAUGAGUUGACUCGUGUGGGCUUCGUGGGUGUCAUUUGGGGCCUUGGUGGUGGAAAUGGCAUCGGAUGUCCGCCUAUUGCAAGGUUCGGUACGCCGGAACAGCAGAAGCGCUGGCUUCCGGGUGUUGCAAGGGGUGAUCUUCGUUUCUGUUUGGGAAUUACGGAGCCUGAUGCUGGCUCAGAUGUCGCCAAUAUCAAGACCACCGCGAAGCGUGAGGGUGACCACUACAUCGUUAAUGGAGCGAAGAAAUGGAUCACCAAUGGUAUUUGGGCCGACUAUUGUACGGCCGCAGUCCGCACUGGUGGCCCAGGACGAUCGGGUAUCAGCUUGCUUGUUAUCCCUUUGAAGGCCAAGGGAGUGACUCGUCGGAGAAUGUUCAACUCGGGUGUUAAUGCCAGUGGUUCAACAUUCAUUGAACUAGACGAUGUCCGUGUCCCAGUUAAUAAUCUCAUCGGCGAAGAGAACAAGGGCUUCCCUCUGAUCAUGUCUAACUUUAACCCCGAGCGCCUCGCACUUGCCUGUGCUUCUCUGCGACUUGCCCGUGUCUGUGCCGAAGACGCCUUUAACUACGCCAUCCAACGCGAGACAUUCGGAUCCCCCUUGAUCCAGAAACAAGCCAUCCAAUCUAAGAUCUUCAAAUUCGGCUUGAUGAUUGAACCAGCAUAUGCAUUCAUGGAACAGCUCGUCAACAUCCUAGAGCUCACCAAGGGCCGACCUGUGGACGAUGUCAAGAUCGGCGGCAUGACUGCCUUGCUGAAGGUCAUGUCUACCAGGGCAUUGGAGAAGAGUGUUCGCGAGGCGCAACAGAUUCUUGGUGGUGCUGGGUAUAACAAGGCUGGCAAGGGGGCUAGAAUCGAACAGAUCAGUCGUGAUGCUCGGGUACAUGUCGUUGGUGGUGGAAGCGAGGAGAUUAUGAUGGGCCUGGCAUUGCAAGAGGAGACAAAGGCUUUAAGGACACGACGAAAGGCGCUUGAGAAGAGACAAUCAAAAGUGUAG